UCAUCACCCCCACCAUCAUCAUCAUCAUCACCACCACCACCACCAUCAACACUUUAAUGAACUUUAUCCUCAUUUGCGGCUUAUCACUAAAAUACUGCCGCUUAGCGGUGAAAAGGGGAAAUGUAAACGAUUAAAACACUGCCUCCUAGCGGUGACUUAAAUAAUGAACGAUGCGGUUCUUUCAGCUCGGACUCGGACUCGGACUCGCUUUCGCUCUGAUGACCACAGAAAAGUUCAAGUUUCACUUCCAGCGACUGACAUGACGGAAAAAAUACGUGGUGAAGAUCUUCGCAGUGGGACGAUGAUCCACAUGUGACCCAUCAGACAGCGUAUGUGAAGCAGUUCCCGAGAUGGGGAAGUAUUUCUUCAGUGAAACAGACAUCAGGAGCAGCUGGGAGCAGGUUCUCACUGCGUUCUGGCAGAGAUACCCGAAUCCAUACAGUACUCAUGUUUUGACAGAGGAUGUGAUCUUUCGCGAGGUGACUCAAGAUAAUCGUAUUAUUUCUCGUCGUCUGUUCAUGAAGACCAAUCGGCUGCCUCGGUGGGCGGAGCGAAUCUUCCCCAGCAACCUAUCACGCUGUGUUUACAUCGUAGAGGAUUCCAUCAUCGACAUCAGCAGCAGACACCUGACCACCCUCAGCUGGAACCUCAACCAUUCCACAUUAAUGACAGUGGUAGAGAGAUGCGUGUUUCAUGGAGAGCCGGAGAGUCCUGUUUACACACAUCUGACUCGAGAAGCCUGGAUCUCAUCAGGAGUGUUUGGCUCCAGGGCUAUACAGGAGUUUGGUUUGUCGAGGUUCAGGAGUAAUCAGAUGAAGGCGAUGAAGGGAUUAGAACAUGCUCUAUCUAAACUCCAGAGAUCUGCAGCUCAGGGUCACCACACUGAAGCGUCUAAAGACUCCCCAAAGAAGACGGAGAACCUGACGGCGUCCAGUAGCUCGCAGAAGCCACAGCAGUUCGCCUGAUCGGCCCACAUCUCAUCAACUCUCCAUCUCCUGGAAACACAACGGUUUUAAUGUCAAACACUGGUUACAAAAUACUUCAAAAAAAGAGUUAAAAAAAUAAAUAAACAUGCAGGACUUUUAGGGAAAAUAAAAAACGUCCUCCAUAACGUCCCUGUGAAGUGUGAAAGUGUGUGUGAGCUGCACUCGUGCCUCACACACUGCUUUUUACUUCUCUAUUCCUGAACAGUGUGAAAGAGCAGGAGAUCAAACCUACACCAUUCUGUCGAGAAGCACUAACUGCUGGAGGAAACCUCAGGGACAGACGUGUAAAGUGACCUCACGUGUUUCAUGUGUUUGAACGGGAUCAGAUCUCACAUCAGUCAUCUGCUUCAACGUCAAUCUUUGUUUUAUGCACAAAGCAUUUCAGUUCAUUCCUACUUCCUCAUUUACAAUGUGAAUUAUUUAAGCAUGAAAUAUCAAUGUACAGUCUCUGUGUGUGUGUGUGUGUGUGUGUGUGUGUGUGUGUGUGUGUGUGUGUGUGUGUGUGUGUGUGUGUGUGUGUGUGUGUCUGUCUUCCACUGGUCUUAACACCACACUGUUCACACCAAAACAUUCAAGUAAAAAAAUCAGUUUAUAUUCUCACCACUGGGUGUCGCUGUAACACCAGUUUUAUGUGAUGCCACAAAGUUAAAAGUUUCUGAAGAGAAUUUAUAUAUAAAUAUUUCUGUAUGUUUUGUUUUAAUAACCUGCAAAACUGUUAUAACCAAAUAAGUUACUUUAAUAUAUUUCUUAGUUAUUAUAUUUUAUCUUUAUUUGGGAUUCUGUAUUUUA